CAUCUGUCUGACGUGGAUUUUUAUCGAAUCUAGAUGUCUCAGUAGUUUAUCAACUAUUAGAGCACGUCGUUUCCAAGGCUUAGUUUGGGUGAAAUUCAAAAACUUAUAUUUUCACGUUGUUAGUAUAGUACUUUUAAAUGUUUUCAUGGAAUGAAUCAAUCAUUGAUUGAUUGAUAAAGUGUCCAGUGGCAUUCUAUUGAAACAAUGGGCAGUGCAGUAAUAAUUUUGCGGGCAAUUCUCAUUUUGUUGGUCAUUUUCCAGGACGGACUGGCUAAACCUCUCACUAGACAUUGUAGUAAUGGAGUUGAAGUGUCCAAAGAGGUUGAUUACAAAUUGGAGGAUGGGAAAAGUGUUCAUACAAAACGAAUAAGCUUCGAAGGGUAUGGACUUGUCAUAGGGUCGUUCACUGAGCAUACUCUCGGAAAGGUUGACGAUUAUUUCAAGUGUACAGCAUUAUUGGAGAAGACACAUUACAAUGGAAAUCAUGAUUUGGAGGUGUUGAAAUGGUCUAACGGAAAUCGAUUUGAACUGACGUCUGCAAAAGAUAGGCAGCCCUUGACUGUGGCUGAACAUUUUGUGGUGAUCAGACAAGAGAUUUGGAACUGCCAGGACAUCAACAAAAAGUUAGCAGAUAUACAACGAGUUGUUAACGAGGUAAUCAGUACAUCGAGUGUUAGCGAAGUGAAGUAUUAUGAUGGUGUGCUGGUGGAAAGAGUCAACUAUGAGUCGAUUGACAAGUAUUCAGCAAAAGUGAAAGAUGUCAAAUACAUUACGAACAAUGGAAAGAAAUGGAGAUUUAAAGGAACACUUUGUCUUGUUAAAGAUGGGAAUAGCGCAACGUUUGGAUUUCCCAACUUCCAGCCACACAUCGGAGAUGACAGAGAAAAAGAACCAAUAGAUAAUCGAAUUGAACUCUCAAAGAGUGGCGAAACUCUGAAGAUCGGCAAGUUGAUGAGCGAGGGAGAUGAAUUUUCUGAAAAAAUUAGAUGCACACUUACCUCAGAAGGGAGUCAAUACUCACCUCUCUUCACCACAAACUUGUAUUAUGUAGAGGAGUCAAACCGUCAGAAUCCUAUAAAAGCUCGAAUAAGUGAUAAGGAAUUUUCAAAAUUCUUCACCAUUAUCAAAAGAGAGGUUUAUUCGUGUACGGAGUAUUUAAAAAAAUGGGGCUUCAAACAUAAUUAUCUUCGAAUUGUGAAUGAAGGUAUUGGUAUGGUACCCAUCAAGACGCUCUAUUACAGAAAGCAAGAUAUGGAUUUAAAAUACAUAAGAGUACCAGGGGGUAAUUCAGUGCGAUUCAAGGAUGUCAUGUAUAUCAACGAUAACUGGAAACAAGGGUUUUUCAUGUCAGAAAACGUGUUAAUGGUAGAAGGUCAUACAGCAUCUAGACGUAAUUCCGGCGGAAGCAUAGACAUUGCAUACUCGUUGACGCCGACAACAUACUACCGCUCUCUGAUUGGCUCACAAGGAAUCGACUUGCGAGUGGGUCAAUUUGUAUCAGAACCUGCACUUGAAGACUCACAAUCCGAAACUGUCACGUGUUCCAGUGCAUCAAGGCUGUAUGAGAAUAAGAUCGAUUCUUUUAGAACUAUUGUGAAGGCAAAAAUAUAUGACAACGGUGUAAUAUCGUCAAUGAUUGUACGAGAGAAAGGUGGAUCAAAUAUCUAUAGAUCCGCAAGCACGGAGAUCCUUCUUUGCAAAAAUUCUAAACAGGACUUGAAAUUUCUAAGAAUAGUGAACAAAGUGGAAGUUUUGGUAGCUGUGCGUGAUAUAGAAACCUGUGAUGGCAUAUACAUUGUGCCAAAAAUUCUAGAUGAUGGUCAAUCUAUGUCAGUCUCAAUCACCGAACUCAAAUACUUGAAUGAGACUACUUUCAAACCAAUCAAAUAUGGGGGCACACUAGAAUUUGAAAAACAAGAUCUCAUACAGACAACUGUGGAUGCCAGGAGGCAAGCGUUGAUCCUCUCAGUGGAAGAAGCAGUGAGAUGGAAUGGACAGGGUGUGGCACUUGAUCCCUAUGAGAUAUUCAGGGCUUAUCCCUCAGAAUCAGAGAGGCCCGAUAGUUUACUUCCCAAACAUGCAGGUGGUGAUUAUAAGAUCGUCUUCAAUUUCAAGCCUACUGGUGAACUACUGUCCGAUCUUAACAUUGCAACAUGCAGCAUUACAGUACCAGGGACCGAUGAAUUUCUGACACCCUUGUAUGUUGAGACAGAGUUUUUUACCAUAAAACCAACAGUAAUGCCAGUAUAUGAGACGAGAUUCUCAUUGUUUUUCACACUACUGUUGCAUGAGGAAUGGCUGUGUCUUGGCAAGAACUCUCCUGAGAAAUUCAUGAGGAUUGUCAAUAAAUAUGAAAUGAAACCAGAGACUCCAAUUCCAAUUAGCCACAUUGAUGGAUUCACCUCAAGGCUGGGAGAUUAUUAUGUAGAAAAGAGAAACGGAAAAAUGAUACCAAUUAUCACGGAAGUCAAAUAUGUAAUGAUAGACAGUAGGCCGACAGAAUUUCUCAACUAUAGACAGUAUUUGCUGUUCCCGGAACAAUUUAGAGAGAAGAAAGGAGUGGGCAUGGCAAGGAGCGGCACUGUUGUCAUCACAAAGAAUCGCUAUUCAGACAUUUUGGAAGGCGACAAGAAAGAAGAAAGGGUCAAAGGAUUGAGCUAUAAAUACAGGAAAGCAUACCAGACUAAGUUGAGUACGAAGGGAGUUAUACUAGAGAUUGGCGCAUCAUUGUCAAAAGCUCUUAAACCUUUCACAGGAACUAGGCAAUCAAGUUGUACUCCGGGUGGGACUCUGCCAAGGGAUUACAAGAUACCGAUAAUGGUAGAUGGAAAAAGCGACACAGAUGGAUACUUGCAAAUGUUAGAUCAAGAAGUUUGGACUUGUAACAGGAAUGGACAAAAUAUUGGACAGAGUUUUGAUUUCUUUAGAGUUGUGAGCUACGCUAUGAUACUAACCCAAAAAAUUACUACCAUAAAGGAAUUGCUUUAUCAGGAUGGAGUGACCGUAUCUUGGAUGCACAAAGAUAACAUCGAUGCAUCAUAUUUAUCUGUUAUGGAAGUUCGCUACUUUGAUCUCAAACUACAAUCAAUUGUGCGGUUAUCAGAAGAUGAAAAAUUGGAGCUGAGAGGUGAUCAUAAAAAAGAAUGGGAGGAGGUACGAGAAACACGAACGAAACUUGUCAAGAGAACGAAUAUGGAACAAAUACUGCGGAGCACCAUCAUUGCCGAUCAAGGCCAUUAUAUGAUAUACAUUCCAAUAAAGUUCGACUAUCAAGUACCUCAUUCACCAGAUGCUUUUGUGUGUAAGAGGACAAAUAUGAUAUCACAAUCAAAUCUCCUUGGUGGCAUCAAGUUAUACCGUUAUAAAUCGGACGUCUUUUUCGACAUGAUUGCAGCUGAUUCGAGUUGUUUUAAGAGUUACCUGAGAAUCAAAACGUUUAUACAGGAGUGUAAGAGAAAUCAAGAGACAAUCUAUAGAGUUGAGACUUUAUUUGAAUUUAAAAAAGCAUAUGAUGGAGCAUGUAAAAUCAGAGCAGCAAUUAUUCAUCAUCAUGAAGGAGUCACAGUUGUUAAAUCUGAAGGCAAUAUUCAAAUUCGAGAAAUUAAAUUUGUGGACACAUUGAAUAAUAAAAAAGGAAAAGUGUUGCAGUUUGAUGGCUUAAUAUGGGUUGACGAUCCUGAUCCCGAGAACAAAGAGUAUAAUUUAUUGAGACAGAAGGAGUUUAGGAAAGAUACAGAUGCCUACCAAUUGGAUUCAUUGCCUAUGAUGAAAUUCUUCACUGGUAAUCCGCCAAAAAAGGGCAUUGUCUUACAAAUUGGCUCAGCAUGGAAGGAUGAAGUUCAAGUGACUGAAGAUAUGGUGAUCUGCAAACAAUUCUUCCCACAGGAGAAAAAUGAACAUUACAAUAUCCAAGUUUAUAGUAUCAAACUCUUUGCAACGGAAAAAUGGAAUCAAUUCGAUUUUUGGCAGAUGGAUAUAUUUCAAGGUCAAACACAGGAUGUUUGGGUCUGCAUGAGAAAUGAUAAGGAAAUAUUCUAUAGAGUGGUAAACUACAUGGUAUUACGGGAUGAAAUUUUAGAAAUAUACCAUACUGAAGGCAUACAUAUUGGUUAUCUCGAUCUCCCAGAUGGUAGUAGAAAUGUGGAGGUGCGUGAAACGAAGUUCAUUCAUCUGGAUUACUUCCAUGUUUUGAAAUAUGAGGGUGAGCUGCAGUUUGUUUCAGAACAACAAAAUUCAGUCGAAAGAUUCUUUCCUCUGGACUACACAGCAACAUUUCCUCAGCCACAAUUCGGAUACAGAGAGUUGGCUGGUGGUGGCAAGUACUGGACGCGAGGAGCUCUGGCAGCAUUGGCCGUCAGGAAGCAAGACUUUAAGAGCCAAAGCUUGGCCCAGAUCAGAAACCCAGGGAUAAUAGACAGAAUGGGCUUCAAUGGCUGGUCGGUGGCUUCAGCUGAAGAUAAAGAUGGCGGCGGUUCGCGAAUACUCCACUUGGGCACUCAGUGGCAGUGGAACCCUGACAGUGAUGCAUCCACCAAAGGGAAACAACUCAAGUGUAUGGUGCAUGUAUGGAACCAGAUGUAUCAGACCAAUCACAAGUACCAUCCAAGAGUGCGGGAAUUGACCCGUGACAAUAUCCAUGAAUUUGAUCGAGAAAUGUUUGAAUCUGUUUUCAAAAUUGUGCAACAGGACAUUUGGAUAUGUGUGUGGAUUAAUAAUGUGAAUAGGGAUAUAUUCCUUCUGAUUGCGACUAAAUUCAAUCUUUUGAAUGAAAUGCAUGCGCAAUUCGCAGUUGCCUUCAUGCACGAUGGAGUCGGUUAUGACAAAAACGACAAUACUUUCCAUGAAACUGUUCUUAUCAACACCAGGAAUAAUAAAUAUUCGAAUUAUAGUGGCGAGAUUGGCUUCAUUCCUAAUGAUAGAAAAAUUCAACCAGGGAGGGAUGCCAAUAUUGUGACGAAUGCCAAUAUUGUGACGAAUGCCAAUAAUAACCCAUUCAAAAGCUGGGGAUUUGGAAAAUCAAAGAAAAGAAACAAUCGAUAGAAGGGUGUAUACCAACUUUCUCAAGAAUAUCUAAGAGUCAUUCACCUACUAACAAUCUAACCUAACCUUCUUUGCAACAAUUAUAAACAUUUCCUUCUAGUUUAUGUUACUGUUUCUUUUUUUUUUUAUUCUGAUAUGGGGUGUUGUUUGUCGGGAAGUUGGUAUAUACUUUGUCACCCGCCACCUCAAGCCUGUGCCACUUGCAGAAUUUGACAAGACUCCACUGUGAUAUUCUCAGCCUGUGUCGCCAUAAAUGACGGCAUCACCAUAUGACAGCGUCACCAUACAACAGGGUCACCAUAUGACAGACAGCAUUACUAUACGACGGCGUGACCAUAAUAUAAUUGUGACGGUGUCCUAGAAUAUUCCUAUUACAGAAUAGUCACUGCUACGUCACUGCGCAUGCGCCGGAAGCCAAAAAUAAAAAUAUAAGGUACCUGGUCCAUGUACAGCCACUGAACUCUAUACUAACGUAGUAUACUAACAUUAGUAUAGAGUUCACUGUGUGCAGCAUUAUCAGUGUUACCAACAAUAGAAACUACAAUAUUUCCCUAUGAAUUCCUCCAGAAAGAUUUCCUUCCCAGCAAAAGCUUGUUCGAAACAUUAUCCUUCAUUGUUUUUGAAUUGUAUUACUCAAUGUUGCAAAGUAUAGAAUAGCCCAAUUAAUUAUUCCUUGUGAAAAUCUUAAAUGCUGUUGACAUCCACGAGAAAAACUUUCACAAUUUGAAUUCACUAAAAACUAGAGUUUUGAUUUGCUCUUUUAAUAGGAAAUAUAAUUAGUGUUUAAUAGGAAAGUAUUAUUCUAUACAUAAUAAGAAGUUAAUUAAUUGUAAUAGUGUGAUAUUGAGUAGUCGUAUUAUUAUAGUUGUUUUUUGUGUAUCUUAUAUUCUUCAGCAGGAACUGAAUGAACUUUGAUUCCAACCUUAUGUUGAACUUCGAGUUUUUAGUGUAAGAAUUGAAUUUGCCAACUUGUUGCUCAGUUGUCAAAACUAAAGCAAUUUCGUGCAUUUUUAAAUACAGUUUCAAUUUCAUGUCAAAAAAGUUAAUGUAGGUUUGAGAAUUGUUUGAGCAUUGACCUUUUUGAAGCUUCGGCUUUUCCACUGAAGCUUCGGCUCAACGUUCGUAGAGGGGGAAUAAUUUUCAAUGAAAAGGCCACAGUUCGAUUUGAGACACGGACUGAGUAAAUUUUAAAGAAGUGUUCUGAGUAAAAUGUAAUGAGUUCUCUUAAAUCGUAUGUUAGUGUUUCUGGAGAGUCGAAGUUUAAAUUGUUGAAAUGGUGAGUGCCAAACUGUUGUUCAUAUUCAGCUCAAAAUUCAGUUACAUAGAAUGACCAAGACAUGCAUUUAGUUGCAGCAAGUUGGCAAAUUCUCAAGUGUGGAAAUUGAAGCUUUAAUAUAUUAUUAUCUGUCCUAAAUCCAUUGCUGAAUAAUGUUGUGAGAGAUGUGUCUUACUUUGAUUAAUUCGUUUGAUUUGGAGUUCAAUAAACCUGAGGUUGAUUUUU